GCGUGCUGGCUUGUUCAGCAUUGCUCUUUGUACCCGCUGAGAGCGUCCUCGACUCGUCAGGAUUGAGUCUCAAUUGCUUUAAGCAACAUGUCGCAAUACCCCAGCAUGCCUCCACCGGGAGCGUACGUUCCACCGAACCAGAAUCAAAACACCCCACCACCACAAGGCUAUGGUGCACAACAUCAGCAGCAGGGCUACCAGCAGCUUCAAGGUCCAACGACAUAUCAGUCGUCAGCACAAGGCCAUGGCCAACCUAGCCAGUCACACAAAGCUAGUGGAGGGACGUUUGGACAAAUGAUGAACCAGGCAGUCACGACCAGCAAACCGAUGCUGAACAAGCUGAGCAAGACAAUAAGCUCAAAGCUAGGGAAUAAGCCUACCACAUCAGGAAACCCACAACAUAUGCAGAGUUACCAGAACUACCAACAACAUUACGGCCAGCAGACGCAAGUUCACUCACAGCCUCAGAGCCACACUUUCAAUCCUCAAGCCCAACAGACACAGCAACAUCCACAGCCGCAAGCACCGAGCACCUAUCCUCCCCAGCAGUCACCUUACCAGCAAUCAAACUACGGCUCAGGACAAGGCAACUACUUUACGCAACAAGCGCCAACGACGCCGCAGACGCCGUACACUCGAGCCACUCCACCACCGCAGCAACCUUUGCAGACAAGCUACAACAGUACGCAGUUCGAUCAGGGUGGUAAUACAGUAGGAGAUCAACAGGCGCAGGCGCAACAAGGACAAUAUCAUCAUGGGCAGAUAAGUCAGGCACAUACUCAGACUCAGGGACAGUACCAACAGCAGCCUCUGCAGGCUCAAUACACAGGUCAGCAGAUGGGCGUUAUGGGAGGUUCUCAACAUGUUCAACAAUCGUCGAAUCCGCAAUCGCCGCAGAUCUCCAGUGUCUCGCCGAGUUCGUCAGCUCCUCAGCAAACCCAGUGGCAUAACUCACACACCGGUUCGGAGCAGUCUCUCGCUUCUACAUAUCAGCAGCCUCAGCAUCAGCAGCAGCAGCCCCCGGCAUCUACCGCUCAUACGCAGCAGUCGUACUUCCCGAAUACGAAUGUACAGGCGCAGCCCAAUAAUCAACAAUGGACACCGCUGUCCCCAGCAGGCUCUGAAGGCCAGGGCCAUAGCCAUAGCCAGUUGCCUCCUGCCUCGAUUAGCCCCCCUCCUCCACCGCCGGUCCAAAGCAAACCGCAAGCUAUGCCAAGUGUCUCGCCGCAGCAAUCUCAUGGUUCUACUCCCGCUCCACAAUCAGUCGCUGCGCAGCCUGGGCCGCCAACAGAGUUCAUCGCUGAGUUGCCGGCUGAUAUGGGCAGUCUGAGCAUUGCAGAAACGAAACCCCUGGAGCACGCUCCAGUACCGGUCCCUGGACAGGCGUCGCCGUACCAAGCCUACGAGUCGUCGACCGCACAGGCUGGACCAUCAUCACCCGGCUUCACCAUUGCUCGUCGAGCUGUAAGCAUAAGCAACGUGCCGUAUGCAGACCCAUGGCGGUUUGCCGACCCUCUUACCGAGCUUCCUACGCGGGAGUUCUACAUCAUUGCCGACCUGCUGUUCGAUGCGCUAGAUAGGAAGUUCGAGCCACAGAACACUGGAAUGCUAGAGGCAAGCAAGAUACUCAGGAGCUGGAUUGACCUGACUGAAGACGCAACACAACUCUUCUCGUACAACUCUUACAGUGCAUUUGGCAAGAUGUGGAGCCUCCAAGGCAUUCCACAUGUCAUGGUACCUUGUCAACCGUCAUUGACGCCGAUUUGGAACUUCAACCAGCACUCACAUGCUCAUGAGCUCAAGCUGUCCCCUGUGCAAACAAAUGCAGCGACCUACGCAACAUACAUGCCAGCCUUGAACCGCGCUGGGUGGUACAUGUUCUUCUUUCUUGAAAUGAUGCACGGUCCUGACAACAUCAACAAACUGAUGCCUGCGUUCUGUUCUGAGACUUACAAACCAGGAGUCUUGCACCAUCCCGACCUCACCAAGCGCGACAAAGCAGAGGCGCCAGCACUUCAGGCACGAGCUGCUGAAAUACAAACCACGGCCAUCAACCAAGUAUGCAAUGAAACCAAAGCUACAAUACUGGCUGAAUCAAACAACUGAGCAGCAUUUGGACGUCGAGACAAUAAUGGACUUUGGUACUACCACGGGUCUGGCUGGAGGCUAUCAUGGUGGCUGAGUGGGUCUUGGACCUC